AUGUCCGCCUCUCCUUUCAGUCUCGAGAACCUCUUUGGCGUCAAGGGCAAGACCGUCGUUGUCACUGGCGGCGGCACCGGCAUCGGCAAGGGCAUUGCCGAUGCGUUCGUGACCAACGGCGCCAAGGUGUUCAUCGUCGGUCGCCGCAAGGAGGUGGUGGACGCCACCGCUGCUGAGCUGAGCGUCAACGGCGCUGCGACCGGCGGAGUUGUCAUUCCUAUCCAGGGCGAUGUUUCCUCCAAGGACGCCGUGGCCAAGGUGUUUGAGGCGAUCUCGGCACAGACUGAUGUUGUGGAUGUGCUCGUCAACUGCGCCGGUGUGGUGCGUCCCCACCGCGGCGGCACCAUUGCCGACGUCAACGAUAUCAACAAGAUCCAGAAGGCACUGUGGGAUGGCCACGACGACGAGGACUGGCAGUACACCAGCGCCAUCAACACAAACGCUGUCUACUUCAUGUCUGUCGCCUUUGUUCCUCUGCUCCUGAAGAGCGAGGUCCGCAGCAUCAUCAACAUCGCUUCCAUUGCUGGUAUCAUGCUUGCCCGCGCCCUCGCAAGCGUGUCGUACGGAACCACCAAGGCAGGAACCAUCCACAUGACCAAGCUCCUCGCUGGCCGUUUCUCUCCCGCCAAGAUCCGUGUCAACUGCAUCUGCCCCGGCAUCUUCCCCUCCGAGUUCACCGGCUCCCUGGGCGGCGCCACUGGACACGCCUACCAGGUCACGGAGGGAGCCCGCAAGGCUGCUCUGCGCAGCAUUGUCGGCCGUCCCGGACUUCCCGAGGAGGUUGGUGGCCCAUGCGUCCUGCUCGGCUCCAACGCCGGUGGCUUCAUGAACGGCGCCGUUCUUGUCGUCGACGGUGGUCGCUGUCUUGUCGCCGGCAUCAACGACGGUAUCAAGAUGCCCGACGACCAGUACAUGUGUUAG